UCCCCCUCCGGCAGCUCUCCGUCUGGCGGCGCGGUCCCCUCUGGCAGCUCCCCCUCUGGAAGUUCUCCCUCUGGCGGUGCAAUCCCCUCUGGCGGCGCGAUUCCCUCUGGUAGCUCCCCCUCUGGCAGCCCCCCCUCUGGAAGCUCUCCCUCUGGUAGCUCUCCGUCUGGCGGCGCGGCCCCCUCUGGUAGCUCCCCCUCUGGCGGCGCGAUCCCCUCUGGAAGCUCCCCCUCCACUCCAGGCCACUCCGGCAAGCCUUCUCAGCCCGAGCCCUCCAGCUCUGAGCCCUCCGGCGAGUCCCCCGUUUCCCCCGGCGGUAACGGCGGUGGUUCCGAGUCCGAGCAGCCCAGCGGUGUCUCUCCCGAGAGCCCUGCUUUCACCGGCGCUGCUGGUAAGACUCAGCCUGCUGUUGGUGUCCUGGUUGGUCUUGUUGGACUUAUGGCUUUCUUCUAA